CAUGUUUUCACACUGAUGAGCAUGCUGCCUGGCUCCUAGCCUCCUACUUACGGCAAUUGUAACAGUAACAUCAGAUAUAAUCGCCACACAAGAGGAGUGCCAUCACAGACAAACACACACACAGUCACGCACACACCAAUGUGGAUAAAUAGCGGCUUGUUCAUCUCAAACGUACGCUUGGGAGGAAAAGAGAGAAACUGUCCACCUGCGCUGAUCAAAUACACAACAGGGCUAAGAAUGAAGACCAGACUAGGCUGCCUGUCCAAUAAGUCUGACUCAUACCCCGACUUCACUGAGUUCCUGCCCCCUGCCCAGGACAGGGCCACCAGAUGCCGAAAGCUGUCAAAAGAUGAAGUCGUUCUAUGGGCAGAUUCCUUCGAUGUUCUUCUGUCGAACAAGUGUGGCCUGGCUGCGUUCCGGGCUUUUCUCAAGACGGAGUUCAGCGACGAGAACAUUGAGUUCUGGAUGGCCUGCGAGGAAUAUAAAAAAAUCAAGACUCCCGCUAAAUUGAUGACAAAAAUUAACAAGAUCUACAAUGAGUUUAUUGAUGUCAAGGCUCCCAGAGAGGUAAACAUAGACUUCCGUACACGGGAAGUGAUGAGGCAGAGCCUUGCAGAGCCCACCCCCUCCAGUCUGAAUGAGGUUCAGGCCAGGGUCCACAGCCUCAUGGAGAAAGACUCUUACCCACGCUUUCUCCACUCCAAGAUCUACCAGGACUUACUCAACAUGCAGUACACACACUGCCAUCGGAACUCUGUCUGAAGAACACACACAUGCGCCGUCGCAGAUACGCACACACACAAACAGUUGUGUUUGUCUUCAGUAGCUAAAACCCAAGGAACCAUUAUUCCUCAAGUUCUAACUUGAGAUCUCUAUGCGUAACUCAAUAACUCAAGUCUCCCAUUGACAUGUUGAAUCAUGUGAACGUUUUUGAGUUAUCCAUACAAAUAUCAAGUUAAGAUUCUACUCUCACAGAGAGAUCCUUAGUAUUGAGACAUAUCGUGAUAUUGUAUCAUCCCUCUUAGAACUGUGUCAACAUAUAGUUUACACUUAGAAAACAAAAUACCACAAGACGUUGUACUGUAUAUCCUUUUAUUACUCUUAUUAGAAAAUGUGUUGUUGAUAUGUAUUUCUCCCAUGACUAUAGAUUUAUUGUGGUGUAGAAAUAUGUCUGGAAAUUUUAUUAAAGUUUUGCAGCAUAUCAUCUGA